AUGCGUUCCUUCUCCGCCCUCCUGGCGGGCAUCACAGCUGUCUCGGCACAGCAGGUCGGCACCCAGCAGACCGAAACCCACCCCAAGUUGACUUGGCAAAAGUGCACCUCGUCCAGCUGCACCACUGUCAACGGCGAGGUCGUCAUCGACGCCAAUUGGCGCUGGCUCCACGAGACUACAGGCACCGCCAACUGCUACGACGGCAACAAGUGGACAGGCAAGUGCACCACUGCCACCGACUGCGCGUCCAAGUGUGCCCUCGAGGGCGCCGACUACGCUGGCACCUAUGGCGCUACCACCUCCGGCAACGCGCUCAGCCUCAAGUUCGUCACCCAGCACGCCUAUGGAAAGAACAUCGGCUCUCGUCUGUACCUCAUGAACAGCGUCUCAAAGUAUGAGAUGUUCACGUUGACAGGCAACGAGUUGGCGUUUGACGUUGACCUGUCACAACUUGAGUGUGGCCUCAAUGGUGCCUUGUACUUUGUCCAGAUGGACGAGGACGGUGGCAUGGCCAAGUACUCCACCAACAAGGCGGGUGCCAAGUACGGCACAGGGUACUGCGAUGCCCAGUGUGCUCGUGACCUCAAGUUUGUCGGAGGAAAGGCCAACGUCGAGGGCUGGGUUCCAUCGUCCAACGAUGCCAAUGCCGGUGUUGGCCCAUACGGUGCCUGCUGCGCCGAGAUGGACGUCUGGGAGUCGAACGCUCAUUCCUUUGCCGUCACCCCUCACCCAUGCCAGAACAACGCGUACCACGUCUGCGAGAAGUCGGGCUGCGGUGGAACCUACUCUGACGACCGUUUCGCUGGUGACUGCGAUGCUAACGGUUGUGAUUUUAAUCCCUACCGUAUGGGCGCCACCAGCUUCUACGGCAAGGGCAAGACGGUUGAUACCUCCAAGAAGUUUACCGUUGUCACUCAGUUCUCCAACAACAAGUUGCAGCAAUACUUUGUCCAGAACGGGGCCAAGAUCAACAUGCCCAACUCGACCAUCAGCGGUGUCUCGGGUAAUGCCGUGACCCCCGAGUUCUGCACCAGUCAGUUCAAGGUAUUUGGCGACCGCGACCGGUUCUCUGAGGUCGGCGGCUGGUCCAAGUUGAACUCGGCCUUCAGCGGAAAAUGGGUUCUUGUCAUGUCCCUCUGGGACGAUCACUACGCCAACAUGCUUUGGCUCGACUCUACCUAUCCUCCCGAGAAGGCCGGUCAGCUCGGAUCCGCUCGUGGCGACUGCCCUACCUCCUCCGGCGUUCCGGCCGAUGUUGAGUCCAGCUUAGCAAGCCCGUCUCUCAAGGCUACGGUUACGUACUCCAACAUUCGCUUCGGGCCCAUUGGUUCGACUGUCAAAUAA